AUGCCCUUCAUGCAAUGUGUCCGCGAUGGCACAUGUCAUCUGGGAGUUCGCGCUGACCGCUCAUAUUGGCUGGCUACUACGGACGAACUACCCAUGAUGCCUUUGGAUGUGAGUAAAGUAAAGCAUCGAAUCGCGCGCUGCGCCAUUUGUGAAUCGCCUUCGCAGCCGUUUGCUUUCCACGCUCAAGCAAAUCAGCUGGAGGAAGCCCAGUGCCCACAAGGCUGGAAUGAACUGUGGCAUGGAUUUAGCUUUGUCAUGGUAAGAUUUACUGAGCUUUCACCAUGGUUCUUACUUCGCAUCUAUCAUGAUAUCUGUCAUAAUUAUUGUCAUCAUUAUUGCCAUUAUUCUGGAAGUCAUUGUCACUGUGUUUACAGAUAA